AUGGCCCUGAACGACACGGGAAGACCCUGGGCGGCGGCCGGGUUCCAGGGCCACCAGGGCCACCGUCUGUUGGCCGUGGCUUACGGCGUGGUCUUUGCGGUGGGCCUGGCCGAGAACGUGGUGGCGGGGAGCCUCCUGCUCUCCAGGCUCCGUCGCUCCAGCCCCUCCUCCGUGCUGCUGCUGAGCAUGACGGUGGGCAGCGCCACCUUCGCGUGCGCCCUGCCCCUCAGGAUCCAUUACCACCUGUGUGGGGGCGACUGGCGCUUCGGGGAGCCGGCCUGCCGGCUGAGCGCCGGCCUCUACUGGGCCUUCCCCCUGCUGAGCACGGCCUCCUUCUUCGGCCUCUGCCUGGACUGCCACCUGGCCCUGGCGCACCCCUUCUUCCGCCUCCGGCUCCGCCGGGCCCACUGGGCCGCAGGCAGCGCGCUGCUCUGGGCGCUGGCCGGCCCCCUGGCCCCGCGAGCCCCCUGCAGCUGGACUAGCGCCAACAACCGCACGUCCUGCUUUGAGAACUCUGUGGAGGACGCGGGGUCUGGGGCUCCCGGCUCCUACGCCCUAGUGGUGGGCCUCCUGGCGCCUUGUGCCAUCGUCCUGGGGGGCUUCCCGCUGCUGGCCUGGCGCAUGGCCUCGGGCCGCAGGACGCGGCGCCGCCACCAGAGGGCGCUCAGGACCCUCUGCUUCAGCGUGCUGGUGUGUGCCUUCUGCUUCCUGCCCUACACCCUGGCCCGCCUGCUGCCCGGCUUCACCCGCCCCACCCCCCUCCUCGGCCACCUGCGCCCGGUGCUGCUGCUGCUGGUCAGCCUGGGCUCCUGCCUCAGCCCCGUCCUCUGCCUCCCCUGGCGGCCCCGGGCCGGCUGCGGGUUCUGGGCUCGCCUCUGCUCCUUCAGACCCAAGAUAUACACCAUCUACGACGGCAAGCUGGCAGAGCUCCCCCGCCCCCCGCUGGGCUCCGGCCAGCUGGGCAACUACGGAGAGACCCAGGCGGGAGAGGCAGGCCCUGGGGCCGGCCGUGCGGUGUGUCCCCAGGAGCCCCCGGGGCCGGUCACCUACAGGGAGCUCCGCACAGAUGAAAGCCUCCCUCCCGAGGGCCACUGA